CUUAUAUCACUCCCAUCACCCCACAACUUCUCUUCACCAAUCUCUUCUGCAACUUAGUUUUCAUCAGUACUUGAUCUCUGAAAUUCAUAUAUAUGGAUGUCGUCUUUCAGUAUUCGGAUUCCCAGUCGGAUCUUGGAAUACCCAUCCGCCGAGCGAGUUCUUCCGACGACGAAGUGAUGUUAGCCUCGAGAAACCCGAAGAAGAGGGCGGGUCGGAAGAAGUUCCGGGAGACCCGACACCCGGUGUAUCGAGGGAUCCGGAUGAGGAACUCCGGCAAGUGGGUCUGCGAAGUGAGGGAGCCAAACAAAAAGUCCAGAAUAUGGCUCGGGACCUUUCCGACAGCCGAGAUGGCGGCGCGUGCUCACGAUGUGGCUGCUAUUGCAUUGCGCGGGCGCUCCGCUUGUCUGAACUUCGCCGACUCCUCGUGGAGACUCCCAGCGCCGGCCUCGGCCAGUCCGAAGGAUAUUCAGAAGGCGGCUGCAGAGGCGGCGGAGGCUUUCCGGCCGGUGGAGACAGGAGAAGUGGGAGGAGGGUGGGAGGAGGGUGCUGCGGGGGAUAAAACGACGUCGGAGGAGGUGUUUUAUAUGGACGAGGAAGCGGUGUUUGGGAUGCCGGGGCUGCUGGCGAAUAUGGCGGAAGCGAUGUUGUUGCCGUCGCCAAAUGGGUGGGGCCAGGAGGAUGUGGAAGUGGAUGCUGACGUGUCGUUGUGGAAUUUUUCCAUAUAGUUUUUUUUUUUCUUGUAGGACAGUUUGAGAAGUGGUAGAAAAUUAGAUUCGAGGUUUUUGAGGAAGGGUUUGAUUUUUGCUGCUUUUUGAAAGUGGGAAGUUUCAACAAAAAGUCAAACCCAGGUUUUGGAACGACUAUUUAUGGUUAAAAAAAUAAAAAUAAAAAGUCGUUUUGGGUACAUGAUUUGGUUAGUUAGUAAAA